AUGACCGCCGCCAUCAAGCGCGCCUGCGACCCAUGCCACCGGCGCAAAGUCAAAUGCGACGGCUUCAACCCGUGCAAGAACUGCAACAACUCGUCCUUGUCAUGCACCUACAAUGCCAUUCCUCAGAAGAAGGGCCCAAAGGGUUCCCGCGCAAAGAUCAUUAGCGACAUUCGUGAGACGCAACGGCACAACAGCCUCCACACCAAGGUGCACGCUCGAAUCGCCGGUGCGCCAUGUACGCCUGCUCCCGAAGGCGUCAAACCGACGCCGGGUUUCUUGACACCUGAUGUCGUCAACGCCUGCAUCAAGUUCUUCUUCGACCACAUGUACGCUCAGAUGCCGAUCCUCGAUCAACGUGCCAUCGAAUCUCAGAUCCCCUUCAUGGAGCAAAAUCCCGACACGUACUGUCUCGUUGCCUCGCUGUGCGCUUUUGUCAUGAUGCAGCCUGGCAUGAGUAUACCUGCCAACGAUUACUUCAACUUCGACAUGUACCCUGGCGCCCUUAUUGCCGGCAGUCAGACCAUCAUGGAAGAGGUGCUACGUGUCCGCAGGGGUGUUGACCACCUCGACAAUGUGACACAUAACGCACUGGCAACUACUUUCUUCCUCUUUGGCUGCAAUUAUGCCAUGGAGAUGCACAAUCAUGCGUGGUUUUACCUGCGCGAGGGCACGACCCUCAUUCACAUGGCUGGCAUGACCCAGGAAGGCUUCUACGCUACGCUCGACCGCGUUGAAUCCUCGCGCCGUCGCCGGCUUUUCUGGCUUUUCUUUGUCAUGGAGAGAGCGUAUGCCGUUGGCAAGAACCGCCCCCUGACCUUGCAGGCGACGAUCAAUGUGCCAACUUCAAACGACGAUCAAAGCGACCCCCUCGCAAACCACAUUGGCAACUUCUUGCUCCUCGUCGACGCGUACAAGCCCAUUGACGAUGCGUUCCUCAGCACCUGGCGCAAGACACACGGCAAUUUGUCUGCCUCGCACGUUGACAACAUGCGCAAGCAGAUGGGAGAUCUCCUGCGGUCCUACUAUUGCCGGGACUCGAGUUUCGGCGACAUGCACGUUAAUCAGAGUUGGCUCAAAAACACAGUCUGGCAACUCACCAGCCAGGACUCAUACUCGACCAGCGUGUCGCGCGAUCUCCUCAUGCGGAUGGCCGCCCAAUUCCCCGGGCAGGGUAUGGAACUGAUGAACUCGUCGCUUCUGUCCUCAGUCCUGGAUAUAGUUCACUCGAUGACCGAAUUCCUCGCGGUCCAGCCCGCCUCUGGCGACCCCUUUGCACCUGGGCCCCAAGACAAAAUGGCCACGCUGCUCAACACCGUGGCACUGUCCCGCAAUGGUGAUCACACGUAUCUGCCCGUGCUCCUGACCGACGUCGCCGAGAUCCUUCCACGACUCGCAACACCCAUGCUCCAGAACCCACCAGAGGAUCCUAACCUUGCCAACGUCGACAUCUUUGACGGUUUUGGCAACGGUGGCAUGGCCCAACCUCCUCCCCAGAUGCAAAUGGACAUGGAGGCCCCGUACGACCAGAAGUUCACCCCCGAGGAAUAUGAGCAGCAAUACGCCGCCGCCAUGGACCUGAAGCAACAGCAGCAGCAGCAACAGCAGCAGCAUUCGACGCCUGACUCUCAAGGCAGCAGCAGUCAAACCCAGCAGCCCACCGCUGAUAUGAACUCAUCUUUUGUCAGUUCCCCAGGGAUCAUGGCCACGGGCGGCGACUACAACUCUCAGAUGGGCGGUUUCAAUGCCUGCACGCCCAUGUCGGAGAUCAUGAGCCCGAUGGCGCACCAGCAGCCGCACAUGUCACAGCAACAGCAUCUACACUCAUCCCAUCCCCACCAGCAAACAACCCAGCAGCCGCAGCAACAGCCGCCACCGCAGCCAUACAUGUAUGACGGGAUGAACCAGCAUCACAUCCAGCACUCUCAGAUGGCCAUCAAUACCUUACGUCAGCCUCCACCCCAACGGCCGCACAGCUUCCAGGUGCAGGUGCCAAUGAGAACGGUGGGGGACUUUCAAGGACUGCAGCCGUCAGGGCAGGACAGCGGGCAGGGUAUGGUGGGGCUUGGGUCGAUGAGCAACGAGAUCGACUUUGGGGCGCUGCAGUAG